AUGACAUCAGAAUCAACAGAACUAGAUAUGGAGUAUAUGACGAAAGCUGAAUCCAGCAACACCUCUACUGAAAGAACACCAUUAUUACCGAUCUCCAACAAACAUAAAAAAAUCCCAACUUCAAAUUCCAGAAUUACUUUUUCUUCGUAUUUACCUCGAUCCAUUUCCUGGAUCCCAGAGUCUUUAGUCAACGCCAUUACAAAUAUUUCAAAUAUGGCACAAUCUUCUAUGAAAUCAAUAGUCACAUCCGUAUCAGGAUUUAUUACACCAGAAUUUUCAGGUGUUAAAAAAAUUUUCGAAGAAAAUAUUAAAAGUGGAUUAGAUAUUGGGGCUGGUGUUAGCGUUUUUUAUGAUAAUAAUUUGGUGGUUGAUUUACAAGGUGGAGUCGCUAAUGUUGAAUCUGGUAAAGUUUAUGAUCCAGAAACUUUACAACUCGUAUUUUCUUGUAGCAAAAGUGGAAUAGUGAUUGCGCGCCUUGUUGAACAAGGACUUUUGAAUUAUGAUGAGAAAAUUUCAAAAUAUUGGCCAGAAUUUGCCCAAGGUGGUAAAGAAAAUGUUACAUUAUUGGACUUGAUAGUUCACCGUGCUGGUGUAGGUUUUAUCGAUUCACAUCAAAUGACCUUAUCAGAUUUAUCAAAUCUCGAUUCACUCGCAAAAAUUCUUCAAUCUCAACCUCAUAAUUUUAACGGAGUCCCAACAAAAGGAUAUCAUGGAGUUUCACGUGGUUGGUAUUUGAAUGAAAUUGUUCGUCGAGUUGAUCCGAGACACCGUACUAUUGGUCGUAUAGUGGCAGAAGAAAUCGCACCAGUUUAUGAUAUUGAAUUUUAUUAUUCUAUAACAAAAAAAUCUUUAUAUCAAAGAAUUGCAAGCAUUUAUCCAUACCCUAUGGUCAGAUUACUUGCGAAGAUUUUAUUACCAAAAUGGAUGAUUAGCGAACCGCUAGAACCUAUUUUUGAUGAAAUGAUGAAAACAGGCAGUGUAUCAUACAAAUCACUUGUUGACACAGCACCGGAUAAAAGUCAACCACAAGAUUGGAAUAGAUAUGAAAUGUUAAAUUACGAAGGACCUAGUUAUAGUGGAGUUACUAAUAGUAAAUCUAUGGCUAAAUUAGCAGCUAUCAUGGCUAAUGGUGGUGAACCUAUUAGUAGUUCAACAACUGGUGUUCUAGAACCCACAAUUCUAUCGAAAAAUACUUAUGAUCUUGUGAUGACUAAAUUACCAGAAGCUUUUGACUUGGUUUUACAAACAAAUAUUACAUCUUCCGUUGGAGGAUUUGGAUAUUUCAGAUUAAAAGGAGUUGAAGAAUAUGAAUUUAUUGGAUGGGGAGGAUCAGGAGGUAGUAUGCUUCUUUGGAAUCCAGAAUUAAAAAUUGGUUUUGGAUAUUGUAUGAAUGCUUUUCAUACAGCUUUGUCCGGUGAUAAGAGAAGUUUGAGAAUGUUACGUGAAGUUGUUGAUACCGUCAAAAAUCUUAAGAAAUAA